GUUGCGGGGCGUGGGUGGCCGGGGCCGCGGCCGGAGGCGGAGCAAGAUGGGGUCGUGGCCAGGGAGACGUGCGCCCGCGCCCAAACCAAUCAGCAAGAGCCAGUGGAGGCCCCGGCGCUGCAGGUACUACUGCCAGGCGGUGUUCGUGACCACCCUGAAGAAGAAGAGGAUGGCCAAGGAGAAGGGCCUGAUAAGCCCCAGUGAUUUUGCCCAGCUGCAAAAAUACAUGGAAUACUCUACCCAAAAGGUCAGUGAUGUCCUAAAGCAAUUUGAGGAUGGCGACAUGGCUGAAUAUCUCCAAGGAGAUGCCAUUGGGUACGAGGGAUUCCAGCAAUUCCUGAAAAUCUACCUGGAAACGGAUAAUGUCCCCGCUCACCUGAGCCUGGCACUGUUUCAGUCCUUCCAGACUGGCCAAAACUUAGAAGAGAGUGUGGAAAAAGAUGUGGUGUGCCUCAGUGACGUCUCCUGCUACUUUUCCCUUCUGGAGGGGGGCCGGCCAGAAGACAAGCUAGAAUUCACCUUCAAGCUGUACGACACGGACAGAAAUGGAAUCCUGGACAGCUCGGAAGUCGAAAAAAUCAUUGUGCAGAUGAUGCGAGUGGCUGAAUACCUGGAUUGGGAUGUGUCUGAGCUGAGGCCGAUUCUUCAGGAGAUGAUGAAAGAAAUUGACUACGAUGGCAGCGGCUCCGUGUCCCUGGCUGAGUGGCUCCGGGCUGGGGCCACCACUGUGCCACUGCUGGUACUGCUGGGCGUGGAGAUGACCCUGAAGGACAACGGGCAGCACAUGUGGAGACCCAGGAGGUUCCCCCGACCAGUCUACUGUAACCUGUGCGAGUCGAGCAUUGGUCUUGGCAAACAAGGACUGAGCUGCAACAUCUGUAAGUACGUCGUUCACGACCAGUGUGCCAUGAAGGCCCUGCCGUGCGAAGUCAGCACCUACGCCAAGUCUCGGAAGGACAUUGGUGUGCAAUCCCAUGUGUGGGUGCGAGGAGGCUGUGAGUCUGGGCGAUGCGACCGCUGUCAGAAGAAGAUCCGGAUCUACCAUAGUCUGGCCGGGCUGCAUUGUGUGUGGUGCCACCUAGAGAUCCACGACGACUGCCUCUCAGCCGUGGGCCCCGAGUGUGACUGCGGGCUGCUGCGGGAUCACAUCCUGCCUCCGUCUUCCAUCUUUCCCAGCGUACUGGCCUCUGGACAGGAGCGUAAAAGUAACAAAGCAGGCCACAAGAUGGUGGAUGAUUUAGGUUUGAGCACCUUUGAGGCUAUGCGGAUUGAUCCUGUUUCUAAUACCCACCCGCUUCUGGUGUUUGUCAACCCUAAGAGUGGUGGGAAGCAGGGACAGAGGGUGCUUUGGAAAUUCCAGUAUCUACUAAACCCCCGGCAGGUAUUCAACCUUGUUAAGGACGGUCCUGAACUAGGGCUCAAAUUCUUCAGAGAGAUUCCUGCUUACCGGAUUUUGGUGUGUGGUGGAGAUGGCACAGUAGGCUGGAUUCUAGAAACUAUUGACAAAGCCAAUUUGCCUUUUUUGCCUCCUGUGGCUGUGUUGCCCCUGGGCACGGGAAACGAUCUGGCUCGUUGCCUAAGAUGGGGAGGAGGAUAUGAUGGUCAGAAUUUGGGGAAGAUCCUCAAGGAUUUAGAGAUGAGUAAGGUGGUACAUAUGGAUCGAUGGUCUGUGGAGGUGAUACCGCAAAAUACUGAAGAAAAGAGUGACCCUGUCCCCUUCCAUAUCAUCAAUAACUACUUCUCCAUUGGUGUGGAUGCCUCUAUUGCUCACCGAUUCCACAUCAUGCGAGAGAAAUAUCCUGAGAAGUUCAACAGCAGAAUGAAGAACAAGCUCUGGUACUUUGAGUUUGCCACAUCGGAAUCCAUCUUCUCGACGUGCAAAAAGCUGGAGGAGGCUUUGACAGUUGAGAUCUGCGGGAAACCGCUGGAUUUAAGCAGCUUGUCCCUAGAAGGCAUCGCAGUGCUCAACAUCCCUAGCAUGCACGGUGGCUCCAACCUCUGGGGUGACACCAAGAAACCCCAAGGGGACAUACAUGGGAUCAACCAGGCCUUGGGCGCUACCGCUAAAGUCAUCACCGACCCUGACAUCCUGAAAACCUGUGUACCAGACCUAGGCGACAAACGACUGGAAGUGGUGGGGCUGGAAGGUGCACUUGAGAUGGGCCAGAUCUAUACCAAGCUCAAGAGUGCAGGACAUCGGUUGGCCAAGUGCUCUGAGAUCACUUUCCACACCACAAAGACCCUUCCCAUGCAAAUUGAUGGCGAACCCUGGAUGCAGUCGCCCUGUACGAUCAAGAUCACCCACAGGAACCAGAUGCCCAUGCUCAUGGGCCCAUCCCAGCCUCGCUCCUCCAAUUUCUUUGGCUUCUUAUGCUGAGGGAACACCCUCAGCCUCCGAGCCAGCCUCGAACCCACCUCUUCAUCCGUGGACUCUACUCCCUAGGCUCUGUACAUUGCUGCCACACCCUCCUGCCAGCUCAGGGGAGUAUUCCUUCACCCUCGCAGUAUUUAUUACCGCCUCCACUAUUCCCCAUGUACAUGUGCGCUUGCUGCACACACACACACACACACACACACACACACACACCACCAACACAUACAUUGAAAGUGCCUCAUCUAAAUAAAAUAACUUUUUCCUCCACUGGGAUAUCUGUUAAGUAAGUAGUUCACCUCCU